AUGUCCGACACUUGCAUUGUUUGUUUAGGCGACCUUGGCGAAAGCGCCAGUGAUCCCGAGCUUCUGCCAAGAUCUGAUCUCCACGAUGCCACGGCCAAGGCGGAGGAGGGUCUCGAGGAAAGGGAUCAGGGCGAGAUCGCACAGCUAUUACCAUGCGGUCAUAUCUUUCACCAUGAAUGCUUGAAGCCUUGGGUGGAACGGGCAAAUAGCUGUCCAAUAUGUCGGCGGAACUUUAAUAUGGUUGAACUGAGUGAUCAGCCUGGAGGCACGGUCACAUCAUCGUAUGCCGUUCAGGAUCGGGUACAGGUUGCCGACCUUGACCCUCUUAUGAUAAUCGAAGACGACGAGGAGCCCAGUGACCUGCAGCCAUGCAUAGUAUGUGGACGUACUGAUAAUGAGGAUGUCAUGGUUGUCUGUUCAGACUGUCCCGAUGCUUCUUGUCAUGUAUACUGCAUAGAGACGGAAGAAAUAUCCACCACUGAUUGGUACUGCCCAAGGUGUCAGUCCGAAAAUGAUGGACAAUCGUUGUUUGGCCGUGCCAAUACAAGUGAAAUCACCACUCGUCGGCAUCGAGCUUCGCAGCGACGGACACGGCGCCGAGACCAGGUCAACUCUCUCCAUUGGGCCCGUGUUUGGCAAUCUGUGUGGGACCGUCUUAACAUCGACCUCGACUUCCCAUUUCACGAUGGUGAUGAGCAAUCUGCUCGUCAGCAAGCCUCACAGCGUCAGUCAGAAGAGUCCAAUCAACGUGAAUUCCGAGCAUGGCAACGUCGCUUUCAGAUCGCCGAACGCCAGGGCGGAGGCAAUCGAUUUCGUGACACGGCCUCGCUCUUUGACAUCGAGCCUACCAGACCAUCCAGACCGAGAGCGCCCAGAGCUCCUACUCCAGAGCCGGAGUCAUUGGAGGAGAUGCGGGCUUGGAAUGCGUUUGAAAGGGCUCGUGAGAUCGAGAAUAAUCCAAAUGCUGCCCGCAAGCGCAAAGAGCCGACCUUGUCUCCGUCACCCGAACCCUCAGAGCCGCAGCGGAAAUUGAAACGACCCCGCACGCGAAGACCACAAGAGCUUGCCGCUUUAGCUCAAGAGAAUGGCGAACCUUCCAAAGCUGCGAGUUCGAAUGCGCGGGUUAAUGGCACCACCCCCACUGUGGGCGAGCCCAGCUUCUUGUCAUCUUUGUUGAAAGAGGUUGAAGAUGCGUCUACACCGAGCCAUGCUGCUUCAGUUGGCCCUUCAGCUCCAACCUCUGUCGGCCCUACCGACCAUAUUACCCCUGGUCCAUCAUCCCCAUCCAUCUCUCCUGUUUCUUCAAGCCACUCCUCUCCUCGAUAUUCAUCUACGACCCCACCUCCAUUUUCACGAAGCCGGCCUCUUUCCCCUCUCCAACUAUCCUCCCCAGCCGAGCCAUCCUCGCCUCCAUUUUCACCAGAGGUUUCAUUCUCGGGGGCCCCUGAUGCGUCCCCAACCCCCGAUGAUACAGUUCCGCAGCGUGGAGCGACUCGACCCCGUUCUCGCAUCCCUCAGCGCGCUCUUGACCUAGCCCGAUCUCGAUCUCCCGAUUCCUCUCCCAACCGCCAUGGCCCCUCUCUGACCGUCAAAUCCACGAUCCAGAAGAUGGUCGGAGCUUAUAUCAAGCCUCACUACCGUAAAAAGGCCGUCUCCAAGGAGCAGUAUACGGAGAUCAACAGGACGAUAUCACGGAAGCUAUAUGAGCGCGUCGGGUCUAUUGAGACACUCGAUCUUCAAUCUCGCCUCCAUUUAGAGCAGGUUGCAAAGCGCGAAGUUCAAGAAGCUUUGGACUCUAUUCCCAAUAAAAGGAAAGACAAGCAGCCCAUGGCGGCAUCUGAAAGUGAGGGUGAUGUAUUAUGA